AUAAUUACUUCCGGGUUAAAAUGUAGGGUGAACUUAGCGGGAAUUUUAUAUAAAUAUGUUUUAAUGAUGUUUUAUAAAGAUUGACCAGCCAUGGCAAGCUUGCGAUCACGAGAUAGUAACUCGGACAGUAACACGAAGAUUUUCCUCUUAUCAGGACUGGGUGAUAAUGUUAGGAGAGAUCUUGCCAGGAAAAUACAUUUACUGGGCGGAAAAUACUUUGACUUACAGGAUUUCAAGGCAAUUUGUACACAUGUUGUGUGUGGCAGACUUUCUCGUAGUGAGAAAUUUCUCGGAGCAUGUGCGACAGGAAAAUGGGUGUUACACCCAGACUAUGUACAGGACUCGUACAUUGCUGGUAGUUGGCUGGACAAGGAGCAGUAUGAAUGGUGUGACAGCCAUAUAACAAACAAAUAUCAGGUUGACAUGGCACUAGCCUUUGCAGCCAGACGUUGGAGAUUCAUGCUAGGCGGGGCAUCUGCUGCAUUUACUGGUUGGAAAGUGGCUGUCAUAGCAGGCGCUAAAAGGUCAAAGGUUAUCAAAGGUUUGUUAGUGUCUGGUGGGGCUGAUGUGCUACAGUUGAGAAUUCCUGUGAGGAACCCUGCUAAAGUUGCUGACACUCUAGGCUAUAUAUUUGUUAGCGAACACAAUGCAAAGUCUUUUAUACAUCUUAUCGACUAUGGAGUUUUGUGUAUCAAACCAGAGUUUAUAGGAGAUUUUCUGAUAAAAGAUCCCCAGCCAGACCCUAUGGACUACCUGGUACAAGUUAACAGGAUAGAGGAACCACUAAGUGAAGAGUCUUUCCUGAUGUCAUCACAGAAUCUAGGUACAUUAACUAACCAAGACUCACCUAUACCCCAGUCACCUUCUUCCUCAAACAGCAUGAACACUCCAUGCAAAGAAAGGGCAAUAACACCUAGUUCAUCUACAGAAAAGUUUCCAUCACACACAGAGAUGUCUAAAAGGUCAAAGUCAACAAGUAGACCAGUAUCAAAACUAGUAGAUGACAUAACAGAUUUGAUAGUGAUAGAGGAACAGUCAAGUUCAUUAAAUAAAACAAAACAUGUAGGUGAUCAAAGUGUUGGUGAUCAUGAUAAUGUGGAAGUAAUUGAUCUGACUGACAGUUCCGAAGACUCUGAUGUUAACAUUAACGCUGGCAUUACUGAGAAAGAUAGCACAAAAAAUUCAGUACUAGAUGAUGACCUCGAAGUGAGGAAAUCAAAAAGAAAUGUUGUGAAAAAAUCUCCAGCUUGGAAAAGUUUAAUGCCUAGAAGAAGGACAAUGUCAAAGCCAGAUGAAAUUAAGGAAGAGCCUGUUGAAAAUGAUCAACCGAAAGACAAUGUGCUCAAUAAAUCCAAAGACAACGUGGUCAAAACUUCUACUAGUGCAGCAAGUAGUUCAACAGUAAAACGAAACUUGCUGGACAGCAUGGUAGAACAGCCUAUUAGAACUAGUACACCUGCUAAAACACUUACUAAAAGUAAGACACUGUCUAAAACACCAAGUAUAACCCAGUUCUUCAAACAGGUUUCUAGACAGGGUUCUCCUGUAGCAUGUAAAAGCUUGAAGUUAGAAACAUCUGACGUUCUAAGUCAACCAACAUGUGAUAAAAUUUCUAGUAUUAGUUGUGAUAAAACUGUAGAAAGGAAAGAGGGAUCUGAUAGUAAAAAUGUUGAAUGUUCAAGUGAUGUGGUAGAACCUGUAAACCAUUCUGUUAGCAUAGGAUCAAAACAGGUUACCCAGUCUGGAAACAAAGUGACAGAUAUGCAAGUUAAAGGGAAAGAACUGAAAGAAAAUACAAAGAAAGUAGAGUUUAGUAAGAACAAGGAAUGCAAGAACAAGGUUGUUAAAGCAAGCCAACAACAUAAUGGAACCAGAGAGAACCAGUCUGUCAGAAAACAAAAACCAGAUGGUAAAGGGGAUAGGAAACGGAAAUCUACAGAUUUGGAAACAGACGGCACUCCAAUUAUCGGUCCAUCGGAAAAGAAAAGAAUCACUAGGUCAUCACCUGCAAAGAAUAAAGACAUUUCAUUAGUUGGGAGUCCAGACUCUUCACCUAGUAUUCAUGGUUUAACUACAAUUCUGUUAUCCCCAUCAAAGAAGAAAUCAGUGGUGACUGGGCAACAAUCAACAUCUGAAAAUCCCAUAGCAACUUCAGGCAUUCAGAGAACAUCAUCAGAUCACAGUGAAAACAAAGAUAGGAAGUAUGAGAAUGGGAGGAAGAGAAAAUCUGAAGAUGCAGAGCUAGAAUAUGUGCUGGCUCACAUCAAGAGAAAAAAGAUGGGCUUCACUGACUGGUGUCCCCCUUCUUUGAUAGUGAAUUUAAGAGAAACUGAGGAUGUACCCGACUUGGUUAUGAUGCCGACUACAACCACAGAAAUAUUCAUGGCCACACUAGAGGAUGGUUUUACGUUUGAAGCACUAGAAUAUUUAGAGUCACAGGUCACGUUCAAGUAUUAUCCCCAGUCAGAUAGCAUCAGUCAGAUAAUGAGAAAUGUUCUUCUGAAAACAGAGGACGAGACUCUACGUAACCGGUCAUACAAUAUUCUGUUACACAUGUUGAUGGUAAAUCCUCCAGUUACAGCAUCAUUACAACAGGUAUAUUUACGUGCUCUGGCAGGAUGUAAGAUAGAGGAAGAUUGUCAGAUAGGGGCGGAGUGGGACUUUAUCCACCAAAUGUAUAAGAAAUGUGAUAAGUUAUGGUUAAGAAACUGA